UCAAGCUGCCCCAGAUCCUGAAGAUCCUGGCGGCCAAGAGCGCGGAGGGACUGAGCUUCAACGCCAUCCUGCUGGAGCUGGUGGCCAUCAGUGGCACCAUGGCCUACAGCAUCGCCCACAGCUUCCCCUUCAGCGCCUGGGGAGAAGCCUUCUUCAUCAUGUUGCAGACGGUCUCCAUCGGCUUCAUGGUGCAGCAUUUUGGGGGCCAGACCAGGCGGGGCCUGGCCUUCCUCUUCACCUACUUCGCCCUCCUGGCUCUCCUGCUCUCUCCGCUCACCCCGUCCGUGAUCGUGACUACCCUCCAGGUGUCGAACAUGCCCACUGCCACCACCAGCAGGCUCCUGCAAGCAGCCACCAACUACCGCAAUGGCCACACCGGCCAGCUCUCAGCCAUCACAACCUUCCUGCUCUUCGCCGGGUCCCUGGCACGAAUCUUCACGUCCAUCGAG